AUGGUUGUUCCCCAGCCUUCCAGCCCUGGUGCUGGAGCCGCUCCCCUCAAUCCCACGGCUGCGGCGUUCAAGAUGCCCUCAGCCGCCGACUCAUCUCUUAUCAAUGGAGCCACUCAAUCUGAACAAUCCAAGAGAGCAAAUGGGACUGCUGCUGCAGUACCCCAAGGCUCGAAGAAGAACAAUCCCGACUCGAGACCGGAAGCCGCCCCACGAAGCUCCAUCGCUCAGGAUAUCGCUGAAGCAGGUGCUGGUGUGAAAUUGACCGGCGCACAACUAAAGAAACAGAAGGCGGCCGAGAAGGCGGCCAGGCGUGCAGACAAGGUUGCAGAAAAGGGUGCCGAAGCUCUGGCUCCACCCACGGCAUCAAAAUCCGAGGCUCACAGACGACCCUCGACGACCAAGAGGGAGAGUGACGGUGGCUCUCAUCAUAAGAGAACUUUGUCUUCGAGUGGAAAGAGCCUACCCAUCCGCGGAGGGCUUCAGCAACAGCAGCAGCAACAGGCUCAGGCGUCUGCAGCGCCCGAAAAGGAGAAACACAAGGAUCCCAAGCGCGUCCCCAUGUUCAGUCAUCUCUAUCCAAAGGAGAAGAAAGCAAGUCUGGCGGGUGCAGGACGUGAGAUCCAUCCCGCAGUUCUGUCUUUGGGUCUUCAGCUACGCGACUACGUAAUAUGUGGAGGGAACGCUCGCUGUGUCGCAACAUUACUCGCCUUCAAGAAGGUCAUUCAAGGAUAUAGCACUCCCCCUGGCGUGGCCUUGUCUCGCCAUCUUCUUACCCAUCUCAACCACCAAAUCGCCUAUCUCCGCAACGCACGACCUCUUUCCAUGAGCCAGGGCAACAGUAUCCGAUGGCUCAAGAACCUCAUCUCGACACAGCCAGUCGACUUGACCGACAGUGAGGCCAAGCAAGAUCUCUGCCAGGCCAUUGAUAUGUUUAUUCGGGAGCGCAUAACUCUAGCCGACGAAGUCAUCGCACGAGAAGCGACCGCCCGUAUCGAGGACGGUGAUGUUAUUCUGACAUAUGCAAAGAGCAGCGUCGUGGAAAAGACGCUGAUCGCGGCACAUCGCCAGGGAAAGCAAUUCAAAGUGAUCGUUGUCGACUCUAGACCCAUGUUCGAGGGUAAGAACCACGCGCGAAGCCUUGUCCGCGCAGGGCUAAAGGUCCGAUACACUCUUCUCAGCGCCAUCGCCGACGUCGUCGACCAAGACUCCGUGACGAAAUGCUUCCUCGGCGCGAGCGCGAUGCUAGGAAACGGCUCGCUGUUCUCUCGCUCCGGAUCCGCCAUGGUUGCGAUGAUGGCCAAGGAGUCCUCCAAGAACAAAUCCCGUUCCGUGCCGGUGAUCGUGCUGUGUGAAACUGUCAAGUUCGCCUCCAAGGCCGCCCUCGACAGCAUCGUCAUGAAUGAAGUCGGUGAUCCAGAUGCACUGGUUGAGGUCGCCCAGCCUGAAAUCUUGUCUUCAAUUGGACCUCCUCCCGGCCCUGCAAAUGCUUCCUCUGGUGGUAAAGGAGGCAGCGGUAAGAAACACGUAGGAGGCGCGAAAGAUCGAGACGACGGCAACACGGGAGAUGACUCGGACGAGAAGAAUCCAGCCGGCGGCAACGGUCUCGAGGGCUGGAAGGACCAAGCAGGCCUGUACCUGCUCAAUCUCAUGUAUGAUGUCACGCCGGCGCAAUUCCUAGAUCUGGUCAUCUGUGAGCUCGGCAGCCUGCCGCCGGUCGCGGUCCCGGUCGUUAAUGGCGUUCACGGUGAUGACCAGGCCCUGGCUUGA